AUGAGCGGCAGCGCAGUCUUCGCGUACUCCGCGUUGUUGGAUGGCAAAAGCGUGGCGCUGUCCAAAUACACCGGGCUCGUGACGGUCAUUGUCAACACCGCGUCUCUCUGCAGCUUCAGCGCCGCAAGUCUGCAGCAGCUGACGCAGCUGCAGCGGGAGUACGGGCCGCGCGGGGUCGCCGUGCUGGGCUUCCCCUGUGCCCAGUUCGCCAACCAGGAGCCGAAGAGCCGCGAGGAGCUUGUCGAGUGGGCGCAAGCCCGGGAGCUGAAUUUCCCGCUCUUUGACAAGGUGCAGGUGAAGGGGCCUCACGCACACCCCGUGUUUCGGAUGCUGCAGGCCUCGCUCGGCCCCAUACGGUGGAACUACACAAAGUUCGUAUGCGAUCAUGAAGGCAUUCCGCGGGUUAAACUUGACGCAUCCUGCGCUUCUGAAGUGCUGCAGCGCUCCGUCGCGCGGCUGUGUGAGCCGCAGCGGAGCGCGUGGUAG